GACGUGGCGUCGCUGCUGGCCGCCCUGGGCAGAAACAGAAAGCCGCGGCUGUUGCUUGGUUUGUUUGGUGCGGGAGACGGCUGCUUCUUCUCAGCAUAUACAGGAUUUAAGCACGAAACAGUUAACUUGAGUGUAAACACUAACAUCUCUUCGCUUAUUAACUCACAGGACAAUGAAUGGUAAGUCAACGAACGGUUCGUUGGGGGGAAUGGCCUGUAUCGAGGGUCUGCCCCCCCUGCCGAAGAGCCUGAGCGGCUUGCUGAACUCAAGCGGCGGCUCCUGGAGAGACAUGGAGAGGAUGUACGUAAAGAAAACCAUGAUCCAGGACGAUCUGAGCCGAGGCAGGAACAACGCCGACAACCUGCUGGCCAACAAGCCGGCCAACCUCGACGCUGCUCUGGCACUUCUGCGGAAAGAAAUGGUGGGUUUGCGUCAGCAGGACAUGUCCCUGCUGUGCCAGCUGUGGUCGCUCCACGAGUCGAUCCAGGAGUACAAGGGCAGCUGCCAGGACCUGAGCGCAGCCUCCAGCCUCAGCAUGAUGGAGAACGGCUACUUCGACGAGGAUGACGAGUAUUACCCGGAGCCUGGCGCCACUCCCACCGGGGAACAGCCGGACGGAGAGGUUGGAGACGGGAUGGCAACGAUGGCAGAGGACAAGAAUGGGAGCAUCAGCGGCAAAGACGACAGCUGGGACUCCUUUCACGUUACCAUCUGAGGCCUCAUUCUCACCUUUUUUUUUUCUGCAGAUGGAUACAUAUUUUGGGGGUGAAAGACUUGAGUUGCUCAGGAAGCCUUUUGGCCUCCAAGAAGGAACUGGUUGAUUAGGGGUAGCAGUUUGUGCUAUGGAAAUACCAUAAUAGACUCCAGUUUAAGUUCAGCUCCUCCUCAGAUGAAACACAUCCCUGCUUAUGCUGCAGAAGUUUUUUUUUUUUUGCUUUUGCAGCGUAACCAGGAGCUUCAUCAGACUGCGGAGCUGAGAGGCUCGGUGUUUUGACAAGCAGCUUGCUGACACUCUCUCAAACUCAGGAGUUGAGAUGGAUUGUAUUCCAAGACUCCAUAUACUCAAAAUAUAGGCAAUAUAUAUUAGUUCUUUUUAUGAACAGCUCUGCUGCUGCUUCUAUAUCAAGUGGUUUUGCUAGCCAGUCACCCUUUUUGGCAGAACCUUUUUUACAUAUAUAAAAAUAUAUGAACAAAGUUGUAUUUAUUAUAUAAUAUAAAUAACAAAAUAUUUGCUUUCCUGUUACUCUCUACUGAUGUUUUGUACUGCAAGGGUGCAGCAUUUACAGGUUGGGAAUCCCAGAAAUUGGGACUUCAAAAGUGAACACAGAGGAUGGGACUUCUGAACUCGGUGUUGGUGAAAAAAGACGAUCGCCUGUGUGGACAUACUGAUGGGAGACAGUGGUGUGUGUGUGUGUGUGUGUGUGUGUGUGUGUGUGUGUGUGUGUGUGUGUGUGUGUUACUUUUAAGUGGUGAAAUAAUUCAUUUAUAAAUCCAGAUGGUCGGGACAGAUGUUUUCAGACCUGAAGAACGGAGAAAAGUCUUCAUACCUGCUCACAGUGUAAACAUGCUUGAAACCAGAGUGAGGUUUGGUACAGGACUGAGGGCUACACUUUCUGCCUUUUUUAAGAUGCUCUAAAAUGUGAAAUCUUCAAAAUGCUGGAGACAGAUUUAACCUGAACUUUCAAAGCUGUUAGUGCUUGGACUCAUUACGGGCAACUUUGAAGCGUCACUGUUUUUAUGACUGGUUGGUGUAAAAGGCCCAGAUGGUUUUGAUCUGGCAAAUUGCGUUUUAUACUCUGCUGUGGGUAAUCCCUUUCAAGAUACAUCAGCUGAGGAGUUAAAGCAUAAUCCCAGUAAUUACAACUUGGGUCUCGCUUUCAUAUUUAUGGCCAUCAUUGCUAUGUAAUAAGUUAAUUGCUCCGAGAUCUGAAAGUCAGACAGGGGAAGUAACAUGAGCAGUUAAGUUGCCAUGUGCAAUAUCAUCAUAACUGACAGAAACGGCUAUGGAAAUUGUAAUCGCCAUACAACAACAUAGCCAUGUAUAGCAAGUGCUUACUAGCCAGCAUCGGUUGAAAAUAA